AUCCCAGUUUUAGAUUUCCUAACAAAAAAAAAAGGUAUGAUGUCAAAUGUAGUUCAAGCUUUUUAUGGCGACGUUUAAGCAAAUAAUAUAUUUAUUCAAGGGACUAGUGCAUACUUGAAAGUUGAAGUGUUAUUUGUUAUUUUUCAUUUUAUAAUGAGACCAUGCAGCCUAUAAGAUUAGCCCUUUUAGGUAAAACGGGACACGGGAAAACAUCUACUGGUAACACCAUUCUAAGAAAACAAGUUUUUAAGCAGUGGAUCCAUCAAAAUAACGGCACAGAAUUGGUAGUAAUGCAUUCUGAAGACAUUGAAUCAGUUCGAGUCAAAGUUUAUGAUACACCCGGUGUUAUGCGCACUGAAUUUUCAGAAAAAGAUGGAGCCAAGAUGACUUUAAUGGAUAUGGAUUAUCUAAUGAGCGCAGCUAAUGGGAUGGAUGUUUUCAUAUUGGUUUAUAGCUGGAGUGCUAGGUUUACACACGAGGAGUCUCAGGUGAUUGUCGUGCUUGAACGCAUUUUUGGGAAACAGUUUUUACAGAAACAUGGAAUGAUAGUCAUCACCCAUGGAGACGACUUCGUUACCCACCAUCCUAACUCGACAAACUUAAAAGGAGACUUUGAGCUAUGGUGCCAGAACCACACUAGAGGAUUUAAAGAUCUUGUCAGUAAAGUAAACAAUAGAAUACUACUUGUGAAUAAUAUCGAGCCCUUAACAGAAGGAAGCAGUAGAAUGGAAUCAUCGAAGGCCAUUCUUGCAAUGGCGCGAAAUCUAAUCGCCACAAAUGGUAGCUAUUCUAAGACUGAAUAUGACAAUCAGAAGAGAUGGUGUACCGUUCUUUGAAGUGACUUUAAAUGCACAUCUUUGUUAGUUAUUGGUUUAUAACCUUAACUUCUUACACAUUUAAGUAUACAAGUUGUUUACUGUUAUAUAAAAUAUGAACAUAUAUAUCAAAUAAUUUUGCAUUACGAAUUGUCAGUUAACAAUGUUGGUACACAAAUAAUAUCUUAAGUUGCGGAUUUCCUUUGAUAGUCAUUGUUUAUUAAAUGUAAAUAAUAAUUUAGUAAAAAAUAUUUCAUUUAAAAUGUUACUUUCCAUGUUUAAUAGAAUUGCACAAAAAAUGUUCCAGAUCUAGUAGAAAAUAACCAACUCUUGAAGCACUGAAAACAUAUAUUUUGAGUUGGGUGAUCAAAAAUAAAAUAACUUGUCAGAAA